AAAAUUGCCAAUAUGUCUGCUAUCAGCUGUAUUUGUUUAAUUUGUGAUAGUUAGGUUAUAUAUAUAUGCCGUUUUGUCAAGUUUUGUACUGUUUCUCGUUUUUUUUAUAAAUUUCUAUUUGAAUAGUUUAUACAUGUAUAGAUUUGAAUAAAUAAAAUAGCUCAUAGAAGAAUAAUUAUGCAUUUUAUCCAGAAUCCAUUAAGAAACCGGUGUCUCUGAACUAACCGGUAAUCCAAAACUACACUGUGCUUUUUAUAUUUUGUUUACAAACAGUUCAAAGUACAAGACUCUCCCUCUACGGACAAGAUUCUAGGCUGACCUGCCGAUUUACUAUCUAAUUGCUCUUUUCCAUAUUAAGUAUGCCUAUGAAAGAAGCAAACAAAGAUGUUCCUAUGGAUAUUGUGUUUACUGAAGAAGAUUUGCCUUAUGAGGAAGAAAUACUGCGAAAUCCUUAUUCAGUGAAACAUUGGCUUCGCUAUAUAGAACAUAAGAAAAAGGCACCUAAACAUGGUGUUAAUUUAAUAUACGAGCGAGCUUUAAAAGAACUUCCUGGUUCUUAUAAACUUUGGUACAACUAUUUAAGAACUAGAAGACAGCAAGUUAAGAACAAGUGUAUAACACAUCCAGGAUAUGAAGAAGUAAAUAAUGCCUUCGAGAGAUCUUUAGUUUUCAUGCACAAAAUGCCAAGGAUAUGGAUGGAUUAUUGUACUUUUCUAACUGAUCAAUUCAAAAUAACUAGAACUAGGAAAGUGUUUGAUAGAGCGUUAAGAGCUUUGCCAGUUACACAGCACCAUCGUAUCUGGCCUUUAUAUUUAGGUUUUGUAAAAAAACAUGAUAUAUCUGAAACGGCAGUUAGAGUUUUUAGAAGGUACUUAAAAUUAUCACCUGAAAAUGCUGAAGAAUAUGUAGAUUAUUUAAAUAGUGUUGGGAGAUUAGACGAAGCAGCAAUUACUUUAGGAAAGAUAGUGAACGAUGAAAAUUUUGUAUCCCAAUAUGGGAAAUCAAAGCAUCAACUUUGGAAUGAAUUGUGCGAGUUAAUUUCAAAUAAUCCUGAUAAAGUGCAGUCUUUAAAUGUUGAUGCUAUUAUUAGAGGUGGUUUGAGAAGGUAUACUGAUCAGUUAGGACACUUAUGGAAUUCUCUUGCAAAUUAUUAUGUUAGAAGUGGUCUUUUUGAUAGAGCAAGAGACAUAUAUGAAGAAGCUAUCCAAACAGUCACAACAGUUCGAGAUUUUACUCAAGUUUUUGAUGCAUAUGCGCAAUUUGAAGAACUUAGUUUAAGUAAGAGAAUGGAGGAAGUUUCAAAAAUGACCAAACCAACAGAAGAAGAAAACCUUGAUUUAGAUUUGAAACUGGCUAGGUUUGAACAUUUAAUGGAACGUAGAUUAUUAUUAUUAAAUUCAGUACUUUUGAGGCAAAAUCCACAUAAUGUUCAAGAGUGGCAUAAGCGAGUUCAGUUAUAUGAAGGAAAGCCUCAUGAAAUAAUAAAUACUUAUACUGAAGCUGUACAAACUGUAGAGCCUAAAUUAGCUGUGGGAAAGUUGCAUACGUUAUGGGUAGAAUUUGCCAAGUUUUAUGAAAAAAAUGGACAAGUUGAUGAUGCUCGAAUUAUUUUUGAAAAAGCUACUGAGGUACCUUUCAUUAAAGUUGAUGAUCUAGCUUCUGUUUGGUGUGAGUGGGCAGAAAUGGAAAUAAGGAAUGAAAACUACGAAGACGCGUUAAAACUGAUGCAUAGGGCAACAACUAUGCCCGCACGCAAGGUUGCAUAUCAUGACGAUACGGAGCGGGUUCAAGAUAGACUGUAUAAGUCUUUAAAAGUUUGGUCUAUGUAUGCUGACUUAGAAGAAAGUUUCGGUACAUUUAAAUCCUGUAAAGCAGUAUACGAUCGUAUAAUUGACUUAAGAAUUGCCACUCCGCAAAUCAUUAUUAAUUAUGGUGUAUUUUUGGAAGAGAAUAACUAUUUUGAAGAGGCUUUCCGUGCCUAUGAAAAGGGAAUUUCAUUAUUUAAAUGGCCCAACGUAUAUGACAUUUGGAAUACUUAUUUAUCAAAAUUUUUGAAAAGAUAUGGUGGAUCCAAGCUGGAGAGAGCAAGGGAUUUGUUUGAACAAUGUUUAGAAAAAUGUCCAACACAAUUUGCAAAAAAUUUAUAUCUAUUAUAUGCUAAGUUAGAGGAGGAGCAUGGAAUGGCCAGACAUGCUAUGGCUGUGUAUGAACGAGCAACAAAAGCUGUUCCAGAAAAAGAAAUGUUUGAAGUAUUUAAUAUUUAUAUUAAACAAGCGGCUGAUAUAUAUGGAAUACCUAAAACUCGAGAAAUUUAUAAAAAAGCCAUUGAAGUUCUGCCUGACGAUAAAACGAGAGAAAUGUGUUUAAGGUUUGCUGACAUGGAGACAAAACUUGGCGAAAUUGACAGGGCUAGAGCGAUUUAUGACUAUUGUAGUCAAAUUUGCGAUCCAAGGGUAACAGUCGAAUUUUGGCAAACUUGGAAAGAGUUUGAAGUGAGACACGGCAAUGAAGAUACAAUGAGGGAAAUGUUAAGAAUAAAGAGAAGCGUUCAAGCGAUGUAUAAUACACAGGUUAACAUGAUGUCUGCCCAAAUGCUCAGUUCUGCCGGGUCAUUAACGGGAACUACGGCCGAUCUUGCGCCAGGUGAAAAAGAUGGAAUGCGUCUUUUGGAAGCAAAAGCUGCAGAAAUGGCUGGUGCUGGUACAUCAGGAAUAAGUUCCCGACCAGGUAAUAUAAUGUUUGUGAGAGGUGAAACUCAAGGCGACAAGAAAGAUAAAGUCGUUAAUCCAGAUGAAAUUGAUAUCGACGAUGAUGACGAGGAGGAAGAAGACGAAGUUGAAGUACCCCUUGAGAAACAAGCUGUACCUUCUGAAGUAUUUGGGAGUCUAAAGAAAAAUUCGACUGAAGAUGAUAAUGAUGAUUAAUUAUUUUUACUUAUCUCUAAUUUUAUAAAUGUUUAGUUAGGAAGUACAAAUAAUGAAUUACAUGCAAAACAAUAAAUUAAACAAAAACAGAUAAAUCAAAUAUUUCUUUAUUUUUCUGUAAACCAACCCAACAAAAAACUGUACCUAUACAUUUUACAAUAAAAAUCUGUGCUGAUAAAUUAUCCCAUAAACCUGAUAAAUAUAAAUAUUUCAAAAUAAGGCAAGCGAUUUUUUUGUUCCCUGAGAAACGGUACAAUUGAAUAA